UUUUCAAGCUGAAGCAGUGCCCUGGUUUCUACAACAGCAGGUAGCAUUCUGGCAUCAGCAGAGGCUGUGUUCCUUUGCCCAGGUACAGAGGACCUCCAACCAGACAUCUGAAAGGACCUCAGAGAGCAGCCCAUUCCAUGAGCAGCAUGGAGCUGAGGACUGUGGCCACCUCUGAAGCCAACAGCUACCGAAACACUGCCUUCCAGCUCUGUAGGAUCAUCUCUAGACCUACUUAAUUCUAAAGGAAAAUAACCUGCAUGACUAUAAACCAUGUCAUUUCCAUGACAUCUCAGAGGGGAUGUGCUUAAUGAUUUUGUUUUUUCCUCAUUCAAGCAUUCCUGAAAUGAUUCCCUUCAAAAAAAGAAUGAAGAGGACAUUAAUAAAAACCAGAACACAUCAGGAAACAACUCCAUAAGGAAUAGAGUUGUGCAAAACAGCAAACAUGUAAAUGCCAAACAGGGUGAAGAGCAGAUCACCAUUGAGCAGGAUUCUCUAAACGAAGAAGAUGAGGAGGAUGAUCAAGUGAUGCAUCCAAAUGGGUGUCUGGCAAGGAAGUACGAUGCAGUUUGUGAUUUUCGUAGAAAACACAGAACCACCAUUCGGUAUAUCAUCUGGGGCAUCUUAUUAGCAGGCUACCUGGCAAUGGUGAUUGCAGCCUGUGUGCUGAAUUUUCACAGAGCCCUUCCUCUUUUCGUGAUCACCGUGGUUGCCAUCUUCUUUGUGAUCUGGGAUCACUUUAUGGCCAAAUAUGAACAUCAAAUUGAUGAGUUCCUAUCUCCUGGCAGAAGACUUCUGGACAGCCAUUGGUUCUGGCUGAAGUGGGUGAUUUGGAGCUUGCUGAUCCUGGGGGUUAUUUUCUGGCUGAUCUUUGACACUGCCAAGCUGGGCCAGCAGCAGCUGAUGUCCUUCGGGGGCCUCAUCAUAUACAUUAUCCUGCUAUUUCUAUUUUCCAAAUACCCAACCAAAGUUUACUGGAGGCCUGUCAUUUGGGGACUUGGGUUACAGUUUCUUCUUGGGCUCUUAAUACUAAGGACUAAGCCUGGAUAUAUAGCCUUUGAUUGGUUGGGCAAACAAGUUCAGACGUUCUUGGAGUUCACAAAUGCCGGUGCUUCAUUUGUCUUUGGUGAGAAAUACACAGACCACUUAUUUGCAUUCAAGAUCCUGCCCAUUGUGAUCUUCUUCAGCACUGUCAUGUCCAUGCUCUACUACCUCGGACUGAUGCAGUGGAUCGUUAGAAAGGUUGGAUGGAUAAUGCUAGUUACUAUGGGAUCAUCUCCUAUUGAAUCUGUAGUUGCUGCUGGCAAUAUCUUUGUCGGACAGUCAGAGUCCCCACUGCUGGUCCGACCGUACUUACCAUACGUCACCAAGUCCGAACUCCACGCAAUUAUGACCGCUGGGUACGCUACCAUUGCCGGAAGUGUCUUGGGCGCAUACAUUUCUUUCGGGGUUUCACCCACCCAUUUGUUGACAGCUUCAGUUAUGUCAGCACCCGCAUCACUGGCUGUUGCUAAACUCUUUUGGCCUGAGACAGAAACACCUAAAAUAACCCUCAAGAAUGCCAUAAAAAUGGAAACUGGUGAUUCAAGGAAUCUCCUAGAAGCCGCAACACAGGGAGCCUCCGCAUCCAUCUCCCUGGUGGCAAACAUCGCUGUGAAUCUGAUUGCCUUCAUAGCCUUGUUGUCUUUUAUGAACUCAGCGCUGUCCUGGUUCGGAAACAUGUUCGACUACCCACAACUAAGUUUCGAGCUAAUAUGCUCCUACAUCUUCAUGCCCUUCUCCUUCAUAAUGGGAGUGGACUGGCAGGACAGCUUUAUGGUUGCCAAACUCUUGGGUUAUAAGACAUUCUUCAAUGAAUUUGUGGCUUAUGAGCAUCUCUCAAAAUUGAUCAAUUUAAGGAAAGAGGCUGGACCCAAAUUUGUGAAUGGUGUGCAGCAAUACAUGUCGAUUCGUUCGGAGACCAUUGCCACUUAUGCUCUCUGUGGCUUUGCCAAUAUCAGUUCCCUAGGAAUAGCAAUUGGCGCACUCACAUCCAUGGCUCCUUCCAGAAAGGAUGACAUCAUCUCAGGGGCAAUGAGAGCUCUGAUUUCAGGGACCACAGCCUGCUUCAUGACAGCCUGUGUCGCAGGCAUUCUCUCUGGCACUCCUGUAGAUGUCAACUGUCACUACAUUUUAGAGAAAGUCUUCAACUACAGUUUACCUAGAAACACAACCUAUGUAGUAUCUUGUUGCCAGACUCUAUUGAACAGCACUGUUGUCAACGGUCCCGGCAAGGUCAUCCCAGGAGGAAACCACAGCCUGUAUUCUCUGAAGAACUGCUGCCAAUUGUUGAAUCCAUCAUCACUGAACUGCAGUUGGAUCCCUGAUGCAUUCUGAGUUCAGUUACUUCUCCAACAGAACACUAAGUACAGGUGCUGAAUUUUCUACUUUGGAGA